AGCCAAGCGUUUUAGUGAUCCCGAGAUGGAGCAUCGAGUACCGCUAGUAUCUGUUCAAAUAGGUAACCAUCCCAAGUCAUCAGUUGUUAGAACCAGUAGCUAGCAGUCUCGCGCUACUUACUCACUGAGAAUCAGCUAGCCCUUAGAUUCACUGUGAUUCUAGAAGAUGGACGGCUCCCACCUGAUUCUACUGCCUCUGGAUGGACCAAUCAAUUUAGACAGGACAGUGGAUGAAGUCUUGAUGGAAAAUCCAGAUCAAGUUAUCGUCAUUGCCGCUUUGGAUGACACAGUUGUUUAUUCCCAACAAACUAGGCCUAACAGACCUAUUCAACAAGGUGGAUACUGGUCACAAGAUGUUCAUGAAAUAUCUCUUGUGCAAGAGAAUCUAACUCAGGAACUGUCAACAGAAGUUUCCACAGAUUUUACAGCAUACCAGGGAAUAAUGAAAACUGAAUCAACUUCUGGAAAAUAUUCCCAAGCCACCCAUAAACCAGAAAAGAAGAAAAGAGCCCUAGUCAAAUCAAAUAGCCGUUCACUGCAUGCCAAGAAAACAAAGACGCAGCCAAUGGCCUAUGAAGAAGUCUCUGUGAUGCCAACCAUUCGUGAAGACAUCAAAAACGAGGCAGUGACUCCUCCAAAAGACGCAAGUAAUACAUACUUCCCUCUAGAGAUAAAAGGACAACCACUGACGCCUAAAGAGGUGGCAAUAAAACCAUUCUUCUUUCAAGAAAUUAAAGGAAGCCCAGUGACUCCUGCCGAUUCAUUUGUCAUCCACGACACGAGUGGAGAGUUCACAACCACUCCUGAAGGUUCUGGACGUUCAUUCAUCCAACAGAAAACAAAAGAGGAACCCAUCACCCCGACAAAAGCUCCCGAAGACUCAGUCUUCAAUGAGACACUGACAAGUCAGCCAUUACUUAAUUCUGAUAUCACUACUAGAACGUUGUUAGAACUUUACUUACCACCAGAGUUUCAGGGACCAUCCACGUCCUUUACAAACAUUUCUGCAGACUCAAACCAUCCACACUCUCACAGAAGCUCCACGCAUGUUUGGGUGAAGUACAUCCGUCCUUAGGAAGCCUAAUAAGUGAUUAAGUGUAACAUGGCCUUUGAAAUGAUGGCAGUGAAAGAAAUGUACCUGAGACAAGGCAAAUCAGAGGACAAGGUUUCAAAAGAGAUUGGCAAACUACAGAUGUGAUAGCAAGAAACUAAGACCAAAAUAGUGAUGAAAAUAUGUUCAGGGAGGCAUAACAAUUGCUUCAUAUUUUGAAAAGGGGGAAAAAUUGACAGCAUUUGCAAUAUUAGUUUCCUUAUGAAGAAGUAAGGGAGAGGGUUACAUUUUUCAUUAAAGUGAACCGUAACUGUGUAAUUUUUAAACGGCCUAUCAGGUCAGCUGUUUAUUUUUGUUGUGAACGGAAGUAUUUAUUAUUGAGAACUGGUCUUCAAAGGGCUUCCUUUGCCAUUGGUCACGCAGGGAAAUGUUUAGCAUUGUUUUGUAUUAUUUUCAAAUUUUUACUGAAGGACUUUUUAAAUUCUCACAGAGGGACUUUGCUCAGGAUAACUGAUAAUCAUUAUUAUAAAACUUUCGUCUAUAUCAAUAGUUCAAAGAUUUUUAUAUGUUGUAAAAACGAUUUUAAUGGGUUAAAUAGGAUGUAUCUACUGGGAAAUAUAUCAAGAAGUUUUGUAAAUAUCACAUACAUAUAGUGCA